AGAGUGUGUGUAUACUCACUAUAUGUACACUGUUCUAAUUUACAGAUUCUUUUAUGAGAGUAGUGUCAAACCAUAGAGCAAUUUCUGAAAUGGCAAGUUCAUUACAUAAGAUGUGUCGUUCAAGGUUGAAAAUGGAUAGACUGUUUUCAUGCCAGCCAGGAGCCCGGCGAAAGUCCGUGUGUUCGCGGAUCCGGGCGGGGAGGCCGGAGGAAGCAGCGUUCCUAGGGUCGCAUAUCGAGGCGGAGGGCUGGGAUGGCUCCAUGUAUGACAUCACCGCGCAGCUCACCCUCGACCCCAACUGUCUCCUUGUGGCGGCUGACGACAACAACCGGCCUGUUGGCUUUGGGAUGUCCAUACAGUGCGCGAAGGACGUGGUUUACAUGGAUAACCUGAUCGUGUUGCCAGAAGCACGUGGUCAGGGGAUAGGACGUAAUAUUUGGACGGCGAUGGUGGCCCAAGGUGGCAGCAGCAACAUAAUUCUGGACGGCGUCCCUGCCAUGGUAGACUGGUACCGACGCCAGGGUUUCGUGCACCCUGGAGUAGACCUCACCGGGUAUACAAUGCCUUUGAUGAACACCAUAAAACAGGAGGUAACACCCGCUUGCCGCUUGGAACUGUUGUCUGAGGAACACUGGCCCGAAAUGAUGAGACUUGAUCGGGCGGUGUACCCUUCGUUGGACAGGGAGCGCGUCCUUCGGGCGUUCUUUGUAGGACGGGGUGUUAAGACUCUAGUUGCUCUGGAUGGUAGAAGAGUGGUCGGGUUUGGAAGCAUUCACGAGAAGAGGGAUGGCUUUCACGGACUGCGAAAUGUCACAGCGGAGAAUGAAAAAGUCGCGGAUUAUGUAAUUAGAGGACUUCUCUCCCAUUUGUCAGCUGGUUCUACUGUGAGUUUUCGAGUUCCGAGUUGUAAGCGACCCCCGCGUUGCUUCAAGAACGCGGAAAAGGGCAUGACAGUCACGAGAUUAUACUCAAAAAGCACUAUUGAUGUUAUCACAGACAAACUGUUCGUGUCUAUUGCAAAUAUUGUAUGACAAAAUAGUGUACCUUUACAAUGUAACGAAACAAUCAGUUUCGUGGAAAAAAUAAAAACCGGCUUCCGGCCCAAGAUGUCAGCACUAGCGGAUCCAAAUUCUAAUUUCGUCCAAGUUUACUUUUUAUUUUAAUGUAUUAAGAGAAAAAAGUAAUAAAAUACGCCCAAAAUGCACGAUUUCGGACUAGCAAUUGUUAAAAUUUCCUUGUGCGCGCGCGUG